UUAUUAAUGUAAUACUGUUUACAAUCAGUUGUCCAGUCGUUGUCAAAGAUGUCAAAUCCAAUGAUCGGACCAACACUUCCUCCACAUUUGAGACCAAAUGCUAACAAACAAAGUGAAGACAUUGAUGAUGACAAUGACAAUCAAGUGUACGGACCAUCACUUGUUUCAGAUGUCAAACCAUGUAUCGGACCCACACUUCCUCCUGGAUUUCAGAUAAGACAUAAUGAAGACGACGAUAGUAAUGAUGGUAAAGACGAAAGUGCUGUAAUUGGUCCAACACUUCCACAGCAUUUAAAGUAUUUAGAAAAUGCUAUCAAUGAAAGUAAUGACGAUUCAUAUGACAAAAUGGCUAUAAGUGGUCCAUCACUUGAAUGUGACGAUAGUGAUAGUGAUAGUGAUUCCGAUGAUAUGAUUGGACCAGUUCUGCCAUCACAUUAUAAUUACGAUAAAUUAAACAAAAAGUUUGGCGAUUCGUCACAAAUAUUAUCAAAAAUUAAUGCAAACAAAGACAUCAAAAAACAACGCGAAGAAUGGAUGACUGAAAUACCCACUUCUUUGGCACCGAAGUUACCCACGAAAUCAGUGACUCAAUUCAGCCAAAGACCUGUCAAUUCGGUUAAAAGUGAUGACAAUAUUAGAGAUAAAUGUCUCAAAAGAGACCAAAAGGAAGAACAAGAGUUAACAGAAAUGAUGGACUCUUUCAAUAAGGCUCAAAACAGAGACAUAUCUCUUAUAGAUGUCCACCAAAACAAGUCUAAGAAAAUGAAAAAAGAAAUGAAAUCAAAUCCAGAACUCGAAGAAAGGGUUGAAUUUGAUCGGGAAAAGGAUCUGUCGGUUAGGAAAAUGAAUUCACGGCAAACAAAAUCAAUAUUAAACAAAGCGAAGACAUUUAAUGACCGUUUCUCACUUGGAGUCAAUAAAUUUUUAUAAAUUUAAUUCAUGAAAAUUCAUUAUUAGUAAAAUUGAUAAAAUGUACAAAAUAUAAUUUAUAAAUAAUAAUAA